AUGGCUAUGCCUUCUAUUGAUUCUUAUCAACGACAUCCUCAGUCAACCCUGCUUAUUCCAGGCUCUAGUGUGCUUAAUGAUUCUACCUCUUUAACGCCGCACCAACAACAGGACUACGAUAAAUUCCAAUUGACGAAUAUCUCAGCUCAUGAUACCUCAAUAUUAGUAGGAAAUAUUACAGAUAUAGCCACUCUUGCUGAUUCUGAUCGAAGUUUUUUAGUCGGAAUCAGUCAGCAGGCUCAUUCUUCAACCUCGUCCUCUGCCUCUUCUUCAGUUGCCACCUCUGUCUCCAGACAACUCGAGCAUCAGGCUCGAUCUCCACAUGACCACUAUUCUUGUCGCCAGAUAAACCAUCCAGUUGGCAAUGUCGACCCCGUUCUUGCUUCAAACCAAAUAGACGAUGCAGUUACUUCGAUAUCAAUGGUUAACCACGCUCCGCGCUCUCGCCAAGGCCAUUCUCCUCCUGCCUUGUCGGUUUCAUCAUCUGGCCACAUUUCGCCUCCCUCUGAUGACCAGACCAAUGACAGUGCAACCAUCGGAUUAGCUGAAAACCAACCCGAAGUUAUUGAAGUAGGAACGAUCGUCAGCGACACCGGUGCCACAGUUGGCACAACCGAAUCUAGACGUGACGAAGUAGAUGACGAAGAUGAGGAAGACGAGAGGAAUGGAAACGAAGGGUUAAUUCCUACCGUUUCCUUGGUCUCUCAUAUUGAUGGUCAGUUUGCUGCUCGUCACAACUCAUCUGAAGAUAAUUUGCAAAAUGGAAUUAGCGUUUCCGUUGGCCAGAUCCCAUCUGGUAUACCAGUUGAUUCAGAUUCAUCGAAUAUUUUCCCAAUUGUUAUACAUGCUUCUACUUGCGACCAUUUGGCGUCUGCGCCGACAAGGGUGUUUAUGACCGAGUCCGGUGAAAUUGAAUCCGCUUCCUCGAGGCCUAGGCCUGCAGAUCUUAGUCAAACUCUGCCAAUGACUCCUGUUAAGUUGUUUUCAUCUUCCGGUCAUCAUUCAACUAACGAGAUCACAGCUUCGCUUCCCUCAGCUGCAUCAUAUGAAGCUAAGGCCCACCAAUGCCUCCGGAGGGCGUUCGUAUGUGCGAUGUCAGCUAUAAAGAAGCUUCAUUUAUCUCAGGUACGUCUAAUUUUGUAG